GGGUGCCUGCAAAUUUAAUAAUUGUUAUUAUUACUAUUAUUACUACCCAGGCUUUUCUAGUCCUAUUUGGGCUCACGCAUGCAGACUUAGGAAUUUGAAGCAGUAACAUUAGAGCAUUUCAUGUUUUCAUUUUUCAUCAUUAUACUAAAACUAAUAAGCUAAUCAUAAGCAUUAGACAAGUGUAAAUAUACCCUAAAACACCCCCAAGAGUUAUAACACUGGAUAAAUAUACCCCAGUUUAUAAAAGAAUUAAGCGUGUCUCAGAGAAUUAAAAAGUCAUUUUUGGACAAGGUUUCUCUGUGCAAGUCUGAAACUUACUGAGAGAGCCAAGCUGAUUAAACCAGACCGCUCCUGGCAUUCGAGCUGCUGUUCAACUUCUAAGAAACAGGCGGGUGCCUUGUGGAUUUGCCUGCUGCACAUGUGUGUGCUCAGAAAGCCAUCAAAUACAUUCAGGGGCAGAGAGGUCCAUCAGGGGCUGUUACAGCGGAUAUGACAUCUGGCUCAAGAAGUCUCUAAAGCCAGAGAUGGCAGCAUCUGAGAGGGUAUUUCAGAGGAAUUACCCGUGUGUGGUAGCCCAGUCCCAACAGCCUUCUCAUAGACAUCUGCUCCUACCGAUGUUUAGAGACAAGGCACGUCCACCUUAUGUCUGAUCCAGUAUGCCUGUUAGUUCUUUUGUAUUAGUCUUGGCAAAGCAGGUUGGAAUUAUUGAGGUGAAAAAAGAGCAGCAAACUGAAAAAAUACAGUAUUAAAGUAUGUGCAGGCAUAUUCCCAAAAUACAAUUAACCUUGCUCAGGAUAGAUGUCGAAGUGAAAAUGCCCAUCUGGGAGCCUCUCAUGUUUAAAACUUUGCAGGUACAGGCUUAUGUAAAAAGCUCUAUAAAUAUGGGGCAAGAUGAAGAUUAUUUGUUGUUGGCAAAUCAAAUAGCUUUGAAACGAUAGAGAAGUGAUUUGUUUUUAUGUGAGUGAUAAUUGUUUGCACUGAUGUGAAGCGACCCCAGGGAGGUCGGCUUUUGUGCUCCUGGAUCUUAAUCAAAGUCAACUGGACUAUAAGCAGAUGCAGAUUAAUGGAGCCCUGUUUCAGGCUUGUGAUGAUUAAUCUCUUUUGUCAGAUUUCUGCCCUGUACCCUGGCCAAAUGAGGGCUCCACUGUUCUUGGCACCAUGCCUCUUCCACUUCAGAGAUAAUCCCUUCCUCAGAGAGCUCACGGGACAGACCAUGACUGGGGGGAGAUGGGAGGACAGUGCCCUGUCUGUUGUCACAGAGUAGCUGACUAGGGUUUAGGCCCAGUGCAUUGAAUCCUGGUCCAUUAUCCAGUGCUGCCACCACCAACCAUGGCUCCCGUGACUAUAGUGAAAUAAUGACUCUAAGGACCUUUAGCUUUGGGUCACCUGGUACUAAGCAGUCAUUGAAAAACUUUUAAAAUCAGGCAUUCAGUAGAAAAGUUAGGUUCAUGGUACAUUUUUUUUUCUUCUGCCUCUCCUUGAUACUCCAUAUUCUCAUAUCUCUUAUUUCCCCAGGAAAUAAGCAUUCUGCCAUCUAUCUUCCCCCUACUAAUGUCUGCUUUACUCCAAAGAAUUAUCUUUGCUUUCAGAAAGAGUCUACCAGGUACCUAUCUGCUUAAAAUCCAAGCAAUUGUUCUAUACUUGUUUCUGGCUUUGAAGUCUGCUGCUGCUAUUUCAGGCCAGAAGGAGGUCUGGAGGCCUCAAAGCUUGUCUACUUUUUCCAACUAUCCCAUCUUUAUACAAGAUCUAGUACGAGAUACUGCCUCCAUCUACAGACUUGUCCUCCCCAUGUCCUUAGACUGUCACAGCUGCAAGGGCACUCCUAUCUUCAUACUUACUCAGGAUACAACAAAAAAUAUUUAUUCUCACCAUGCUGCUGUGUAACAUGUACCAUUUGUAUCUCUUCGUAUGUCCACAGUAGAUUGGCACAUAUAUACUUUUUUAAGGAGAGAAUCUUUUUGUUCUGAAUAUAUUUAAAGGAAUCUGCCACCACUGGUAGGUGGAAACUUUUCUGAGAGAGGCCUUACAUGUGUGAGUCAUUUGAGGAGGAAAAUCGUCUCACCAGAACAGCAUGACCAUUGGGAAGAGCUGAAGAAGACUGAGUGAGGAGCAAAGCAAGACAAGUAAGAAGCAGCAGGAUGACUAUCAUGCUGAGAGGCUGAAAGGUGGAUUUGGCUUUGGAGGAUGAAAGGCGGGACAGGAUACCGUUAGGCCUGACUUGGGGAGAGAGAGGAAGAAACAAAUACCUAGGCAGACUGGCACCAGCUUUCAAAGUGUUCAUACAAAAUUAGCACCCUUCUUAUUUUGUGCUCAUACUGCUGAUGUGGCCAAGCAAGUAACUGCAGUGUUUGUGUUUGAGAGAGACAGCACUCUUGGCUAGACCAUACAUCAGCUGCCUUUAAUGUGUCUGGCUUUACUGCGCACGUACAACUAAUCCUAUGGUUGACAGGGCCUAUUGCUUAAGUGUGAAAUAACAGACUCCAGCUGCAAGCAGGAUCUCUGUCACUUAGAUAUUGUCUUUGGCACUCAUACUUACACCCAGGGCCGACUGAAGGCACAAACCUGCCUGGCUGAAGCCAGAGGGUUCAUAAACUCAUCAGCUAAUGCUGAAAUGGCGUGUGAGAUAUGCUCUUAUGCAGGUCGUAAAUGUUCAGGGUGCCAAAAUGGAGACAAAAGGAAUGAAAAAAAGAGGAAAAAUCACAGAUAUACCAAAACUGGAUGCAUUUUUCACAUCAGGUGGAUUAUUUACCAUUACUAUUGUGAACUGGACAGACGGUACAGUACUUGUGACUGCAAAGGUGAAUGAAGAUAAUGAAACACAGUGAAGAUUGUAGGAACAUCCCAACCAACGUGCACUUCAUGCUCUCCACCAGACCCAGUUUUGCACUCCAGUUAGUAAGAACUUCUCUUCCCCCAUACUGAAUAAGAAAAAGGUUUUCAAUCUGUUAGGAUCAAAACUGUGAUUUUAGUAAAUCUGUAUUUAUUCAGUUGGUGAACAAGCAAGCUAUUUAGGGCAGACUGUUUUCAAGCAGGAACUACAUAAGGGUGAGUCUGCAAAUUAGAAAUGGUUGUUAUGAUCACUAUUGAAGGAAUCAUUCUACGCCUUCAUGUGCUGAUUGUUUUCUCCCAGCCCAGAAGAGGCUUCUUGUUCUGUACAACUGACUUUAAUGGCUACAACUGCAUUUCUGAGCCUAUGAACAGUCCCAAACAAUUGUAUUUUAAUGUUAGGGCAUAGAAAGUGACAAAAAGAACUUGUUAACAAUGACGCAGAGUUAGUGAAGCAAAGCAAGGGUGAAUAACAAUGCGGCAGGUGGACUUGGAAAGAGUUGUAAUAGAACUUUUUUCAUCCACAGAUCUUGUGGAUAACAUUGCAUGGAAUUGCAAUGGAAAGGAUUAUAUCUAGGAAUUUUAGAGUUACUCAGCCAAUUUGGUCCAUUCCUGGAAGAACACAAAAAGGUGACAGAAAUGUUGCUAAAAGAACUACUUCAUACUUUUUUGAAAACAUAGGGGAUAAAUCUCUUCUCCUGAACUAGUAAUUUGUCAGCAAUUACUUCUGAACAAUGAAAAGUGAAACAUUAUUCAUUUAGAGCUGUCAGCUUCACAGAAAUAUUCCAUGUUGUGCAGUUUUUCUCACAGCAAUUUUUCAAGGAUUAAGUCCCAAGGAAUAGUUUCUGAAAUUCAUCCCCAUUCACUGGAGAUGGUGCAUUUCUUUGAGUACAACAGUGGGUUUCUUGUAAGAGUAUGGUAUUUCUUUAUCAGAUUCCUGUGGUCAGUUUUAUGACAAUGGAUUAUGUACGUCAGGACAUGACAUAUGUUUGCAGGCAUAGCUAGAAAAAAAGUUGAAUGAUUUUGCUGUAAAGCUCUGUGAACUUGGCUUGCAGCUUGGGGGCAGGGAGCAAGAGGGAUGGGAGCAGUCACUGUUACUCCUGGAGAGCUCCUCUCCUUCCAGCAGCAUAGUGUGGCUGGCGCACACCCUCUCCUGCUGCAGCAGCUAGUUUGACUUUCUAGAACUCGGGCAUGGCAAAAUAGACAAAGGACUCUCUUUUUCUGCUGUUCCAGCAAUCUGCUGCCCUAAUUACGUGCUUAAUUUGCCCAUGCCUACAACUUGUCCUGGCUCAUAGCCAUGUGACCAAGGCUAUCCCUGAGGGUUUUUAAUUGAUUAAAGCAGCUCUUGAUUCUUUGGAGAAGAGAUGCAAGGUAGAAAGCUUUAAGUCUCAAGAAGAGAAAUAAAUAGACUAGAAAGUAUUUUGGGUCAGCUUCAGAAUCCUUAUUUGUUUCAAGACCUUGCAAGAAGAAGAUGUGGAUCAGAAAAUUGUUAUUACCACUGAAUCAUAUUUAUGAGACAGGAGAUUCAGAAACUGAAUCUAAGACAUGUCAUUAGCUUUAGUGCUGCAGUAAAGGAAUAAAACCAUAAACCAACAAGUAGCUGUCUAAGGUGUUUCAAAGAAGCCAUCAGUGAAACUCCUAAAGAGAAAAGGCAAUAUCUAUAUCCAGCCAUUAUUCAAAACAGAGAGGGACAAACUGAAUUUCUCAUGCCAUAGCUGUGAAUUUUCUCUAUGGUUCUUGUCAGUGAUGACAGAAAACUAUAGGGCAGUGGAUACUUUUAAAGAUUAUUAAAAAUGGGUUUUGCAGCUGCGUAAAAGAAACAAAAAGCUGCAUUCUUGAUCUCUGAGGAGAAUCACAUCUGGCAUUCUUCAAAAUGUAGAUUUCAGAUGUGGUUUGUGACUUUCUUGCUUGAAAACCUAGGGAGCUAUCUUCCUAAAUUUGGCAAUUAACAAGUUAUACUGCUAUAAUCAUAGAAUUACAGAAUCAUUUAGGUUGGAAAAGACCCCUGUGGUCAUAGAGUCCAACCAUUAACCUACCAGGUCUACCACUAAGCCAUGGCCCUAUGUGCCACAUCUACUUGUCUUUUAAAUGCCUCCAGGGAUGGUGACUCAACCACUUCCCUGGGCAGCCUGGUCCAAUGCUUGACAACCCUUUCGGGGAAGAAGUGUUUCCUAAUAUCCAAUCUAAACCUCCCCUGAUGCAACCUGAGGCCAUUUCCUCUUGUCUUAUCGCUAGUAACUUAGGAGAAGAGACCAACCCUACAACCUCCUUUCAGGUAGUUGUAGAGAGCAAUAAUGUGUCCCUUCAGCAUCCUUUGCUCCAGGCUAAACAAAUCCAGUUCCUUCAGCUGCUCCUCAUAAGUCUCGUGCUCUAGACCCUUCACCAGUUUCAUUGGCCUUCUUUGGAUGCAUAAUAUGUAGAACGUUUGUCUGAAACAAAUAGAAAAAGUGCUUUUGCCUUGGAAUAAAAUGUUGCUCACAAAAAUGGCCUAGAAACUUUAAGUUAAAUGUCCUGACUCCUCCUGGCCCAGAGGGUCCCAGAUUCUUUAGACAGCUCUGCCUGCAUUGCCAGUUCUCUCAGUUGACCCUGAGGUAAAGAGGUGAACAUAAAUAUAGGAGGUCUUUGGGAGCAGAAACCUAGUGAAUAAAGGUUCUUUGUCAACACUGAUGAAAAGUCCCAAGAACAAAGUGUCCAGGAAGAUUGAUGGAAAUGAUGAACCGAGCUAAAGGGCAUCACACCCAUCUGCUGACAUCAACACAAAUGGUGAAAAAAGCAGUGAAAGAUUAGGAGGAAUAGAAGCCCUCUGUUUACUCAACCUUGCAAAGAAUGCACAGGAAUGGUGGACAGACCUCGCCUCUGUGAGCUGGAAAAGUACCAUGCAAGAAACCAGACUUAUCUUACUGCAGCCACCAGUGUCUCCUUACCUCCAUUUUUACAUUAACAUUUCUGUCCAUUUCACCCUAUUGCUGUCUCUUCAGAGGAUAUUUUGAGGCCACUUAAUAUUCCAGCAUCAAAUGCUGUUUGAAUAUUACACAAGGAGCAGAUGCAGUUCUGUGGUCUCUUGAGAGGUAUAAUCAUCCAUUCCCUCUCCUGAUGUUGCUUCUGUUACUCUAUAGGGAAAUGGAGCGGUAUCUGCUGUGUAUCCUGUGUAAAUGUGAUACCAUAAAUGCGUUGCAUAAAUGUGUCCGUAACAAACACUUUUUUUCAUGUCCAUAAUAUUUUAGUUUCUAGAGAUUUGUUAUUGAACAUAGCAGCUGGUAUUCAUAUAUGAAUCUGCCAAUAUCAGUCAUUGUCUUUUACCUCCACAUAUUCAUGCUCAAUGGUAGCAAAAGCAAUACACUUUUCCUUGGGGCUGUCAGCAAUCCAGCUCAUCUGUCAUUUUUAAAUGGUCACCUGGGGCAGAUUCUGUCCAGGCAAAACAAAUCAAUACAGUUAGUUACACAAAGUGCAUUCAAACAAGGAUACUUGAAGGGGGAGAAGAAAAAGGUGCCGCAGCAAAGGAAAUGACAGAGAGGAGAGGUAUGCAUGCUGCAGGCUUGGCAAAGGCUGGGAAAAUGGCAGCAAGUUUAAUCUACACCUUGGAAGUGAGGAAGGGAUUGGGGAUCAGCUGAAGGGAACUAUAAAAGGGAGGAUAGGGCUGAGGAGGAAACUGAAGAAAAGCCAAAGAGGUAAGCUUAGGAAAAAAAGAAGAUAAAGUAGUGGAUCUACGACGGGUCCCCAGGACUGAAGCAGAAGAACUGAUGAAACCAGUUACCAUGCCACAGCCACUGGGCAGGCCUGGAAGGGAACCUUGUUUCCAGUCCAUUUGAUUCAGGACAAGUGUUCUGGACCCUGAAGCAGCUGGGGGAUUUUAUAGCCCGUAUCACUUAUGCUGCUACCAUGGCUUUAGCAUGGCAGUAAAUGUCACAGGAAAAGCAGCUUGUGCAACAGCCCAGCUCUUGGAAAUGGUGCAGAAAGAAAAAGAAUAUCUUAUGUCUGUUUUUAUAGGAGUAGAUGGUACAGAAGGUAAAGUUUGCUUUCUCGGUAAGCAUUAAAUUUUAGUCCCUGCUGGGCGUUAGCUGUAGGACUAUUUAAAGUGGGUGUCGAUGUUUUAUUUUUUAAUUCAAAUGUUUAUGUUUGAUAGUAGCAAAAAGAAUAUGCUUUUUUGUGGGGUAAGCAAUCCAGCUAAGUUGUCAUUUUAAAUGGUCACCUGAGAGAGAUUCUGCUGCAGCAGAGCAGACCAAUACAGUCAGUUGAAUGAAAUGCAUUAAAACAAAUCUACUUGGAUGGGAGAAGAAAAAGAUACCACAGAAACACAAAUGAUAUAGAAAAAAAGAAAGGAGUUACAUGCAACAGACAGAGAAUCAGGAGGGAUGGGAGGCUUUGUCUUCACAUGCUAGAAAUAGCUGAACUGAUCCACCAAGAUUAUCAUUAAACCAGCUUUAAUAAUGUGUUGUCAUCAAAAAGAGGAAAUUGCCUCCACUCCCAAAAAGAGUGGACUAUGGAAGGACUAUGGAAUAUGGCUUGCAAGGCUGCAGCUGGUUUCUUGUUCUGCUUUAUUCAUUCAAAAAUCAGAUUCUGUAAUUUAUCAAGAUCAUUAUGAGAAAAGGAAUCAAAGCGGUGCAUUUAGUUUUUCACAUUAUGUGAACCUGAAUCCUAGAACACUAAGCAAAAGGUGGCAAAGUGGUUGAAGUGUCUCACUGUGAUUCCAGAGCUCAUGUCUCUGGCAAACCCAUCCUGCAGGCUGUAGGAUGAUCCUUGGCUGUAGCUGAUCACACAGGUUGGACAGGUGAUGGGAGCAGGAUCUCAAUGACGUUGCUUUUACGUAUGUUUCUGGGUAAGUGCUAGCUCCACUGAGCAGCCUAGGUUUGGCAAAAACUCCAGCAAAAUUGCAGAACAAGUGGUGCCAGUACGCUUGACCUUGAAUGAAAAGGUAGCCCUGAGACCGGAGGGCUACUAAUUUCUGAGGGUUGAGAAAAGCCCUCCUGAGAAAGCACUUGCUCUUUUUAGAAGAGGCAGGGAUAUACUAUUCUUUCACCCACAGUGGCAUCUCUAGGCAAAACCCUUUUUCUGUGUUUGCUUUGGGCGGGAACUGAGGAAUAUGAUUUAGGGACAUCCAGCAACAUCCUGCUGGAUCAGCUGCCGGCAAAGCCAGAUCUGCGUUUCCGGAAAGAGGAGAGCAGCUGGUGGAGGGGGAAAGGAGGGGGCCGCCGUGUUGCGGGAGUUUUUGUAGGCGAAUGGUUGGUCCCAGGAUGACCUGUCCCCCCUGCUGGAGCCUGUCCAACAGCAGCAGCGCACCAGGAUUUUUUACCUGCAAGUAGGUCAGUUUUUUUUUUUCCCCUGGUGGUUUUUUGUUUUUUUUUUUAAUCUAUUUGGAAAUAGGGGAGCAGAGAGCGAGCAGCCACGGAGUGACUCUCCACAAACCCCCUCCAGGGCAAGAAGCGCUUGCAACCGCCACCCCCCUGCUCCGAGGGUGCACCCCUUCUCCCUUUUCUCCUCAGUCCAGGACGGAGCUGGGGAGCUGCGGCUUAGGGAGUGUGAAGAAAGAUAUUUAUGGUGCUUGCUUAUCUACCCUAUGAACAAACAGACCUUUAAGAUCAUCAAGUCCAACAGUUAAAGUGGGAGAAGCCUUGGGGUCGCCGCUCCCCAGACCCCAGUGUGACUCAAACAACACAACCUUCUGAUCUGGAGUCAGCCGUGCUGGUGUUGUGCUGUGAGGCACACUGCCAUUCAUACAGGAUGCUCACCAGAACCCUAAGUGUUGUUGCCCAAGUAUUCCUUCUUCUAAACAUAGUUAUUGUAAUUGCUAUUGCAGUGAUUCAGAUAAAUCGGCAACAGGUCCUCUCCCCAGGGCUUAAGUAUGGAAUAGUCCUUGAUGCUGGAUCCUCUCGGACUACAGUCUAUGUCUAUGAAUGGCCCGCAGAGAAAGAAAAUGACACAGGAGUAGUAAGCCAAACCUUCAAGUGCAAUGUGAAAGGCCCUGGUAUUUCCAGCUAUGAGAAUAAUCCUGGAGCUCUUGCCAAACCUUUUGAUGACUGUCUGAAUAAAGUCAAGGAGAGAAUACCAGUUCAUCUGCAUAAAAACACUUCUGUUUAUCUGGGGGCUACAGCUGGCAUGAGACUACUGAGGUUGCAAAAUGAAACGGCAGCCAAUGAAGUCCUUGCAAGCAUUCAAAACUACUUCAGAACACAACCUUUUGAAUUUAGGGGUGCGCAAAUCAUAACUGGGCCAGAGGAAGGGGUGUAUGGAUGGAUAACAGCCAACUAUUUAAUGGGCAAUUUCUUAGAGAGAAACCUUUGGAGAACAUGGGUCCGUCCUUACAGAAAAGACACUAUGGGUGCACUGGACCUUGGAGGAGCUUCCACUCAAAUUUCAUUUGUCCCAGAGGACUCUCAGGAGAACUUCAAUAGCACCUUGCAAGUGAAGUUGUAUGGUUACAACUACAAUGUCUACACUCACAGCUUCCAGUGCUACGGGAGAGAUGAAGCUGAGAAAAGGCUUCUAGCAUUGCUGCUCCAGAAAUCAAACACCAGUUCCAAUGUGGAUAAUCCAUGUUACCCUCAGAGUUAUAAUACUACAUUAGCGAUGAAGUACUUCUCUGGCAGGCUUUGUACACAGUCUCUGAGACCAGCAAAUUACUACCCGGACCAGCUUGUGAACUUCCAUGGAACAGGAGACCCAGGUCUGUGCCAGGAGAUGGUUUCUUUAUUGUUUAACAUCACUGCCUGCAGAGACAGAGAGGACUGUCCAUUUAAAGGAAUACAUCAGCCAAAAGUUAAAGGGAAUUUUGUGGCUUUCUCAGGAUUCUACUAUACAAUUAAUGCUUUGAAUUUAUCUGAGCACUUUUCCCUAGCUGACUUCAAUUCAAGUAUGUGGUUUUUCUGUUCACAGAGCUGGGCACAGCUCCAGUUUAUGCUGCCUAAAGUCGAAGAAAUAUAUGCUAGAUCCUACUGUUUUUCAGCCAAUUUCAUUUAUUACUUGCUUGUACAUGGUUACAACUUUGAUGCAGAAACCUGGCCGCAGAUACAUUUUCAAAAGGAGGUCGGUAACAGCAGUAUAGCGUGGUCACUUGGUUACAUGUUAAGCCUCACGAACAUGAUUCCAGCAGAAGGCAAGCUGAUCCGAUUACCUCUGAAACCUUCUUUGUUUGCUGGGCUCCUCGUCUUCUUCACAGCCACGUCACUGUUGUGUCUUGUCUUCCUUGUUUACUUGUGCGUUGCAUCACGUAAUCAGAAGAACAUCAGUCACGUUGAACAUGUAUUUAUUCCAGAAUGAAUGAACUUUACUGAAGACAAACCAAAAAGUUUAUAGUGCUAUUAAGUUAAGCAGGACUUUGUUUUUUAAAAAUGGAGGGCAAAACAAAGACAGGCAAGAAGAUUUCAGGACCAGAAGCAUAGAGAAGAGACACAAAGGAUAUCUGAUAUGGUGGAUUGGAGUGCUUUUGAAAUAUUUUGAUAAUUGUUUCCCUAAACCUAGUUUGUCCAGUGUGCAGCAGAGGAAACAUGGGCAGAUAUGUCAGUUUGCUUGAUAGGGGAUUAAUAGCCUUUUCCUGCCAGGUAUGUAUUAUUUUUAUGUUCAUUAACUCUGCGCUAACUGGUAAACUCAAGUGAUGAUGGAUUUAAUCAUGGCAGUGGUUGUUUAAGAUAAAAUUAAACAAGUCAGUAGGAAAUGUAGGAGGUGGGAACAUGGUAUCUGUUCUUGUGUGCAGCACCAACACUAAAAGCCUCCAAGUAAUCUGAUUUCUGAAAUUGGAACAAGCAUUGGGUCAUAACAGGAUCUGAAAGGGACAGUUGCGGUAGAAUUGUAUUUAUUGCUGUUCCAAACUGAUCGAUCCUGCCACAAGAAGAUAUAAUAAACUGCCAACACCUCUCAGGACUUUCAAGUCUGUCUUAAAACUGAGCUGUAUCUUUUGGUACCAUGGAGAUCUCAGAAUGCCUCUGCUACAGUACAUACAAUUUGGUUUGAAGGUGGAACAAAAUGCUUUCAUGCUUUAGUAACUGAACCUAAAUUUAAAUGUCUUAAAGCUACCUCCAGAAGCCACUAGAGUUUUCAGUGUCCUUUUCUCUUUCACAGAAAUCCUUUUCUGAGGUUCUCAUACUGAAACCCUGUCCUGUAUUCCCCAUAUAUUGUUGAUCCCAGACAGUUGCAGUCAGUACUGACUUGUCAUGUACAUAUUAUUUCAGCUGCCUGGAUAGAGUCUCAGGCCUGGGACCUUCUGAAGCAUGAACAUGUUAAGCCCUUCAUUCAAGGCCAAGAGGAAUAGGAGCCAGUCUGCGGGCCAGCAGAACGCCCUUUCUGUAGCAGGUUGGGGAACACAUUGCUGGAGCUGCAGUCAUGGCUGUCGUGCCAUGACUGAUCAGCCUUUCCACUGUCCUGGCUUCAGUGUGCCUUCAGCAGCACUGGGACCUGCCUAGCAGAUGCUUCUGUCAAACGCAUUAACUCCAGAGCACUCCUGGAAGUGCUGCUGCCUUCAUGCUCCAAAGAGCUGACCUCCUUGAAAGACCAGGCAUUCCUCACCAAACCUCUCAUUCCCUUAAAUCAUAAGACUACAAUUUUACCCACUGGUCCAGGAGUUCUUCAUGGUCAGUGCCCUUUUUACCUGCCUGUCUUUUCUAUAGCUUUGGUCUUUUUCAGCUGGCUUCUGAAAUAACCCUUGAAAAAGCCUCCUGCCACAUCAUCGGCCAUCUCUUCCCUUUGUAUACUGUUAAUUCCUCUUCAUAGUGCUGUAACAUGGCCUAUGAAGCUGUAAGGGUAAUACAUCUGAAGGGCCUUAGAGUUAGCAGAAAGAAGGGAUUGUUGUGCUUCUCAGGACCAGUGAGAGGAGAAAAGAGCACCUCUGCUUCACUUUCCCCCCAGCCCCUUCUACCAUUUCCUUUCACCCAGACUCAGUACCUACAUGGAGCUCCAUGUGUCCCCAGAUGUUUUACAAAUAGCUGCUGCUGAUCACUUUAAUACAUUCCUCCCUCCAUCUUCUCAGGAUUGCUUCCCUCUGUGUGUAGUUUCCCUUGCUUGCAUCUUUCCACUCUGAAGGGGUGGAUACUCAUUUCACACAUGGAGCUUUUCAGCGUGAUACAACAAAAUCUAAAAGGGAGAUUACCAUAUUCGACAUCUACUGCUAAGAAGCUAAAGCCUGUAAGGCUGCGUGAGUAGCAGUUUCCACACAGGUGUGUUGCAUGUAACAGAUCUGCUUGUUGAUGCAUACACGCAAAAGUCAAGUUAACACUGGAUUAUGAAUUCCAGUGUGUUUUAUAUCCCAUCUUCAUCUAUUCCCCAUAUUGAUUAGGUUGUGAGAUAGAUAGAUAGAUAGAUAGAUAGAUAGAUAGAUAGAUAGAUAGAUAGAUAGAUAGAUAGAUAGAUAGAUAGAUAGAUAGAAAGAACAGUGGCCAGUAUUUUUACCCAUGAAUAAUAUUUUCAGUGUCUGUCUUUUUCUAUAUCACCAACUUACUUUCGGGUUUGGUUUUGGGGUUUUGUUUCCUUUUGUUAUUCACAGGCUCAUAGAUUAUUUGAAAGGAACAGAAUAUCUUUUGAAAUGCAAAAAAGAAAAAAAAAAAAGUGAUUUUCCAAGAGGAUCGGCAGCGAGGGCUUUGUCCCUCCUCUGUUGGUAUACUACUCUGUCCUGUCAGUCUUAGCAGAGUAGCAGUACUUAAAGUAAGGCAGAAGGUACUACAAGAUGAUGAAGUGUUCUGUGGCACCCAAGUUACAGCUGAUAAAAUACAAAAUUUACUUCAGAACGCAUGGACGUUACAGAGGAUGGCAUGAGCUAAAAGCCUUAUCUAUUUUGUGUGAUUGAUCUGGAACUGCAGUUAAGGGUUUUUAAAAAAAAAAAGACAGAUGACACCAUUAAAACGUUUUCUCCAACUGCUAAA